UCCAAACGAUGCUUCAAACGUGGUGGAUUUUGUCGAUUUUUCUUGCUUGGGGGGGAGGGGGGAGGUUCUUGUCGGAAACGGGAACAGCACCAACUUCUGUUUUCAUUUAUUACAACGGAUUGGUUUUGGUCCUAGGAGACGCUUGCGUGGAAAAAGUGUGUUGAGGAACCUUACAGCGUAGUCCCCGGCUUGCAUAUUUAUUCGUACCCAUUCCACAUUUUCCCCCAAUUAUUCCAAGAGCUUGAACAUUCUGUCGCUCGUCGUCCAGCCGUCGUUUUUGGUACUUAAGCUGGACUCUUUCAACGCUCCCAUUGUUUUGUUCAGCAGCCUCCCCCACAUAGACACACAGUCUUCUACCCAGAAAAGGUUCUCUCAUCGACACUUCCAAGCUCUUACCUUGGAAAGAUGGGUCGCAAGUGUUUUCUUGGAAGUGGUGCUUAUUUAGCACUGGGCCUCGCUACCACUGCGUUGGCGCAUCCCGUUGACCACUUUGUUCGGCGAGGAAAUGAAGUCGGUUACUAUCAGCCACCCGCCAGCGCCUGGAAACCUGAUGGCAAUGCUCCACCAAAGUUUGACGCCAAGCCGUUGGCACCGUCCGACUUUGCCGGUGCAGCAAGCAACUGGCUGUCCAACACGUUCAACUUGACAGGCGGUGCGAUGCAGAGCGGCUAUCAAGAUAGCCAUAAUGGCUUGUAUCACUACUACGCUGCCCAGCAAGUGGAUGGACUUACGAUUGUCAAUUCUAAUGCUGAUGUUCAUAUGGACUCGUUUGGAAAUCCAGUCAUGGCAUCCCAAGCCUGGGCUCCGGUGACCAAGCUGCAACGACGUGACCAAAUUCCUGGUCCAGAGAUUUCUGCAGCUCAAGCUGUUGAAGGCUAUGCAAAGGCGUUUGGCUUCCCCACUACUGCUAGUCAACUCACGGAGAAGAAGAAUGAGGAUGGUUCCUUUAGCAUCACCGGGGCUGCCUUUGCUGAUUCGGCCAUCAAGGCCGACCUUAAACUAUACCAGACUCAAACUUCCUUGGAGAAGGUCUGGAGCUUGAGUGUCCAGAGACCCGAUGCUUGGCACGUCGCUUACGUUUCCGUCAAGGAUGGCGCACUGAUUGGCAAAGCCAACUGGCAGACCGCCAACUUCUGGGACCCGCCGGCGCCCGCCGCCAAGGCUCCCACAGCUAGACGCUCAAUAUUUGACAAUGAGCCGGUCGACCAUACCACUUUCAUGGACGAUCUUGUCAAGCUCCGCCGACGCCAAACCGGUGGCAACGCUACAAUUCCCGACACAAAGUACCGUGCUCUUCCCUUCGGCUCCAAGAACGUACAAGAUACACCACCGGUCCUGAUCGCCAAUCCUUUCAACCCAGCCUCUUCUCCCCUCGGUUGGCACGAUGUGGGAGAUGGUGCAGGUUCCCUGCCCACUACCGUAGGCAACAACGUUGUUGCACAAGAGAACCGCAAAAACGCUAAAAACCCACUCAAUAACAAGCGUCCUAUCGCCCUCGACUUCAACUUUGAUUUCCCAGUGGAUCUCAGUAAAGAACCUACAACGUACACGGACGCAUCCGUCACGAACAUGUUCUUCCUUUCAAACUUCUUCCAUGACACCAUGUACAAGUACGGUUUUACCGAAGCUGCGGGCAAUUUCCAGGCCACCAACCUGGGUAAAGGGGGUAAAGAGAGGGAUCCCGUCGUGGCCAAUGCGCAAGAUGGAUCUGGUGUCAACAAUGCGAACUUUGCCACUCCUCCCGACGGACAGGUCGGUGUGAUGCGCAUGUUUAUUUUCGACACGUCAAGGCCCAGCCGGGACGGUACGCUUGACAACGAUGUCCCUAUCCACGAACUUACCCACGGAGUCUCAAUGCGUUUGACGGGCGGGCCUGCCAACUCCAACUGUCUUGAUACCUUAAUGGCCGGUGGGAUGGGAGAGGGAUGGUCUGACUUCCUUGGUGUCUCGUUCGGUAUGACCGCCAAGGACAAUCGUAAUACUGAUAAGCCCGUGGGACAAUAUGUCACAGGCAGCCCGAAGGGUGUCCGUGGUAUCCCUUACAGCACAAACCAGAAGACAAACUCUCUCACCUACGAGACAUUGAACGAUCCAAAAUUCGCGGCAGUUCACCAGGUCGGCACCGUUUGGAAUACCAUGUUGUUUGAGGCCUAUUGGAACAUGGUAGACGCAAAAGGCUUCACCGAGAAUUUCCAGGACGGCCCACAGAGUGGAAAGGGUAACGCACUCAUGAUCCAGUAUGUUGUUGAUGGCUUGAAACUUCAGCCCUGCAACCCGGACAUGAUCCAGGCUCGUGAUGCCAUUAUCGCUGCCGAGAAGGCGUUGACAAAGGGGGAUAACAUGUGCCUUCUCAUGACGGCUUUCGCUAAGCGUGGAUUGGGAGCGACAGCGACCAACCAGUUCCCUUUCAAGAACAGCUUCGACGUACCUCCCGAAUGCCAGAAUGGCGCAAACAAGGCUCCAGGUGCACCUCCGGGGCCGCUGACAGGAAUCACAGCAGCUGCCGCUGCGCCGCCGGCAGCACCCAGUGGACUUGCCCCCACUCCUGCUGCACCUGCGAGUUCUGUGGACGUCGAAGUAAUCCCUGACGCAGUGGUUGAUCCAACCACCAACCCCGAUGAUGUUCUCGCCAACGAGGCCAAUGCUGCCAACGAUGCCUCAAAUGCAUAAGGCUGCAUAAUACUGUUGCAGGAACUGGUACAACGUAUACAGUGCACAACUCUUUAGAACGUUUAUUUUUGGUCCGAGCUACUGGGAAUUGGGCAGCGUGCGCUGACAAGUGCAUGGUGCAUGGCUUUUUUUUCAUUGCAAAAUACUUUCUUUAUGACUUGUUUUUAUGAGGGUUAUGGUCUGUAAGUAAAAUGUUUGAAUAGAUGAGCAAACAAGUGCAGCGAGACGUUACACCUUUAGAAUUUAGAACACUUUUUACAAGUGGAAGAGAACGACACACAGUCGGAAGUCGUGGUAGUAGCUAUAAAAUAUCUAGAUAGAAUACCUUGGUAGACGUCGUGAAUAUGUCCCGUAGUACCAUUAAUGACUGAAGAGAAGUUACGUUGAUAUGAAAAAAAGAAGUGAGAAAAAUCG